CCUAAGUGGAUUGCUCCUGCAAAAGACCGGAGUUGUUCGGCUGGGAAAGAGAGAGUUGCUAGCAACAACCUCCAGGGCUACAAUUGAAUUGGCAUCACAAUCCAAUCUCCACUCUUCUUCCAACCUUUCCUUCAUCAUACCUAUCGCAAAAAUGGCCACACGAAGCGCAGCCCUCAAGCUCGACUGGACCAAGGUCACUUCCUCUCUAGGCCUGCGCGGCCAGACCGUCGCCAGCCUUCAAGCCUUCAAGCAGCGAAACGAGAAUGCCCGCCGAAAGGUCCAAGCUCUAUCCGAACUCCCCACCACAGUCGACUUCGCGCAUUACCGAUCCGUCUUGAAGAACCAGGCCGUUGUCGAUGAGAUCGAGAAGCGCUUCAGUGCUUUCCAACCCGCCAAGUAUGACGUCGCCCGCCAGCUCAAGGCUAUCGAGGCCUUCGAGGUUGAGGCCGUUAAGAACGCCGAGGACGCCAAGAAGAAGGUCGACCUCGAGCUGAAGGACCUCGAGGCUACCCUGAAGAACAUUGAGACCGCCAGACCAUUCGAGGAGCUCACUGUGGACGAAGUUGCCUCGGCGGAACCUUCUAUCGACGAGAAGACGUCCAAACUGGUUUCCAAGGGACGAUGGUCCGUUCCAGGAUACAAGGAGAAAUUCGGCGACCUUUCCGUACUAUAGACAGCGCGCGAGUAGUAACCACAAUUACUUCCACUGCUACUACUCUCUUUCCCUUGUGUACUCUAGCAUUGUAGAUAGAAAGCCGGGAAGAGGCGAAAGAAGUGAAAUUAAAGGCAUUUUUAAUCCAGUCCAUCUAAUUAAGUCGAACGGACGUAUGUGAUCUAUGUUUACACUUUUACACCAACCUGACACCCUGUCACGAGGGACCUGAGGAAGAUCGAUUUACCUCGUAGAAACAACUAUUUAAGAUUACGGUCAUCUUACAUUGAAGUUUGACCCACGUGCAUCGAAUUCAAUGCUGAAAUGGUAGACUCAGUUUGAAUAGAGUCUGGUCGUUAUGGGCUAAUCAUAUUCGAGAAAUUCUUCAGUGGCCGUCACUUACUGGGUAUUAGUACCUAGGUAUUUACAGGCACUUACUCUUCUAGCAGGGGCGGACAAACUGCUGAGAAAAU